AUGAUUGCGCUGUGCAGAGCCAAAUGUUUUAUUCUACAUUUGCGAGAGGAGUCGUGCAAUAUACCGAAUGCUCAAAGAGGCUUGAAAGGCAAUGUGAUCAUUUUCCCGCAACGUCCUUCGAAAGUGUUGGAGACACUUCCUCCAUCGAUUGAAGAUGUAUUAACACCGAUAUGGGUUUUAUUUGUUGGUUCAUCUCCACCAACUACCAAUUGGUUGCGCAAGCAUGCUAAACCGUUGAUCGUGCAUAAAGAGAAAGUCCAGUCAGCAUUAGUGUGGUUGUGUGAACAUAACGUACUCUAUAGCGACAUGCUCAUCGAUCAUGACUGUUUGGAUUUGAUGAGUGAGGAAGAUAUUUUGCCAGUUCAUAUUGAAACUGAUGUCUUUCAACAUGUCGUUGUCACUGAUGUGGAUGGCAAUGCUCCAGGUCAUGAAUUGCAUGCAGCUGCACUUCGCCAUGUGAAAGAACAGUGUGGUGGUUUUAUACAAGUCCCGCAUGGGCUGAAUCCUAUGAACGAAUAUGUUAAUCCUGAGUUACUCCCAAAGGUUUAUCCCACUCUGUUUCCAGUAUGGAGUUGGGGGGUUUGA